UUUAUCGGGCUGUAAAGGUCGAUUCUUUGGUUGGUGGUGGGUGUUGCCAGGAGGAGGAGGAGGAGCUCUAAUGGCGGGCUCUCGAGUUCAAGUAAACAAACAACACAAGACUCGAUUUGCUUCCAAGUCGUCUCGCAAUGCCCAUAAAGUUCCUCUACAAGAUAAGCAUAAAAUCGCAAAAUCCCAUGCUAAUGUUGGCAAAGGAGCUCGAGCAGCUCGACUUCAACGUAGCAAGAUGCUGAGAGACCAGAAGCGGGCGGAGCUACUGAAGGAGAAAAGGUUCUCUUCUGGAUCAGGAAGCCCACCCCGCAUUGUCGUUUUAUUUGGUUUAUCGUCUUCUGUGGACCUGAAUUCACUUGAAGAAGAUCUCCUGGGAUUAUUAUCGCCGCAGAGAAAUGCCAUUGGGUCUCCUGCAGUUGCUUCCUCUGAAUACAAGCUCAGAGCUACUAUCUUGAAAGCCCCUUAUGGUGAUUUGUCAGCAUGCAUGGAAAUGGCCAAGGUUGCUGAUUUAAUUGCUUUUGUGGCAUCUGCCAGCUUUCUAAGUGAAGAUGACAGUUCUAACCUUUACAUAGAUUCAUUUGGGUCUCAAUGCCUUUCGGUGUUUAGAGCUGUCGGUCUACCAAGCACUGUUGUUUUGAUUCGUGAUCUACCAACAGCAUUGAAAAGGAAACAUGAUUUGAGGAAGGCUUGUACAUCUAGCCUUGUAUCUGAAUUUCCUGAAGAUUGUAAGUUUUAUCCCGCAGAUACAAAGGAUGAAUUACACAAGUUUAUGUGGCUUUUCAAGGAACAAAGGCUCACAGUUCCUCAUUGGCGAAACCAGCGGCCUUAUAUUGUGGCUCAAAAGGUUGACUUGGUAGAAGAUAAUUGUACUCCUGGGAAUUGUACCCUUCUUCUUACUGGUUAUCUGCGUGCUCGCUCUUUGUCAAUAAACCAGCUGGUUCAUGUUUCAGGUGCAGGGGAUUUUCAAUUGUCGAAAAUUGAACUUCUUAAGGAUCCAUGCCCUCUGAGUGUCAAGAAAGGAGGUGACUCAAUGCAUUCAGAUGAUAAUCAUACCCAGGUAAUCAGGUGCCUAAUGCCUGAUUCAAUGGAGCAAGAGCCUUUACUUGUUGAAAAUAUCCCUGAUCCCUUGGCAGGAGAGCAGACUUGGCCAACAGAAGCAGAAAUGGCUGAAGCCGACAGAAAUCACAAGGAUAAAAAGCCAAAAAAGAGGAUUCUUCCUCCGGGUACAUCUGAAUACCAGGCUGCUUGGAUUGUUGACAAUUCAGAUAUUGACUAUACAGAUAGUGAUGACAAUGAAGAUGACGCUAUGGUCCUGGAAGAAAGAGGGAGUGACUUUUUAGACCAAGAGAAUGAAAAUGGCUUUGAGCCUGAUGAUGAUGAGUCUUCUCUUCCAGGGGAGUAUGAUGAACAGACUGAAACAGAUUCCAUAAUGAUGGACGGUGAGAACCUCACUAAAGAGCAAAUUGAGGAUGAGAUUCGAAAAAUUAAAGCAGCACAUGCUGAAGAUGAAGAAUUUCCUGAUGAAGUGGAAACCCCAUUUGACACUCCUGCUCGGAAACGCUUUGCCAAGUAUAGAGGCGUGAAAUCUUUCAGAACCUCUUCGUGGGACCCAAAAGAAUCUCUUCCUGCGGAAUUUGCUAGAAUUUUUGCAUUUGAUAAUUUCUCAAGAACUCAGAAACAUGUACUUGCAAAAGCUCAAGAAAUGGAACAGGGAAAUGAUGAUGAGAUUAUACCAGCAGGCUCGUAUACAAGGCUCCAUAUCAAGGAGGUGCCUAACGUUGUUGCAUCCAAAUUAUCCAACUUAACAAAGACAAUGCCUGUAAUCUCAUGUGGUCUAUUGCAACACGAGUCUAAAAUUUCUGUCCUCCAUUUCAGCAUAAAGAAGCACGACACAUAUACUGCUCCUCUUAAAGCUAAAGAAGAACUCACGUUUCAUGUUGGCUUUCGCCAAUUUGUUGCUAAGCCAUUAUACUCGUCUGACAAUAUCAAUUCUGACAAGCACAAAAUGGAAAGAUUUCUUCAUGCUGGGCGGUUUUCAAUAGCUUCUAUUUAUGCUCCAAUUUCUUUCCCACCUCUUCCAGUGAUUGCCCUCAAGAAUGACGGAGAAGCUGCUUCACCUGUUGUUGCCGCUGUUGGUUCACUGAGAAGUAUUGACCCAGAUAGGAUUCUUCUGAAGAAAAUAAUUUUAACUGGAUAUCCUCAAAGAGUGUCAAAACUAAAGGCUACUGUACGCUAUAUGUUCCAUAAUCCAGAGGAUGUCAGAUGGUUCAAGCCUGUUGAAGUUUGGACAAAAUGUGGGCGCCGUGGUCGCAUUAAGGAGCCGGUUGGUACCCAUGGUGCAAUGAAAUGUGUUUUUAACGGGGUCCUUCAGCAGCAUGACACUGUGUGCAUGAGCUUGUAUAAACGCGCAUAUCCCAAGUGGCCACAACACUGGUUUCCUCUUCUUGGUGCUUGAAUGACAUAAAUGAAUCCGUGGCAGCGAGAUAUAUCAUGUUUCUGGUGCGCAACGGAGGAGGAUAGAGGCUCGUUUACCAAAUGGGAAUGAAGCUCUGGUUCAGAAUUGCUAUUUGACGAGUUGUAUCCACGGGCUAGCUACCUACGUGUGGCUCAGUGAUUCAAGCCGAUUAGGAUCCUCCUCUACAUUCGGUUUGGAGAAGUUUUGACUGCAUUUGAUAAUUGGCAGCGUUGGUCAUUCCAUUUUGGUAAUUUAGUGCAAGCGAGUUCUUCUUCAUUGUAGAAAUUAAUAGAUAUUGUGUAAUGGCGAAAGAUUCUGAAGUUUGCAAUUCUUCCGGCAUUUAUUCAAGCGUUCGAAAGUCAUUUAUCGUGCCCA